AUGGAGCAGCGAACAGAGCAGACGCCUUUGGUUAGCAACCAGCACAUGCAGAAGGAAAUGCAGACAAAACCCUGGCGCACCCUUAGCUGGCAUGUUGCACCCUACUUCGGGCUUGCGUUCUUCUCUUUUUGCCUCAACUUCGCACCACUUGCGCUCUACCAUCCUUACUUUCAGGAGAAGAACUGGUCCGAGAAGGACUUUAUCGUCAUCCGAUUUGCUUUCCUUUUGCUUCCUGGCUUUUUACAGAAAUCCCUCUGGGCACCGGUCGCGCUGGUCGCUAAUGAUAUAGCGUUCCUCGAUGUACAUGGCUAG